UUUGUUGUGUGGGGAUAUGUUUUAUGUAUUUUGUUGUGUUUUGGAUAAGUAUUGGUCAAAAUUGAAGAAACCUACCAAUAUACCGGAAGGUGAUCGAGGAAAAAUUGAAGUGUCUAUCUCUCUGAGGUAUGGAACAGGUCAGCAUAGAAUAAUUGAAAUGGAAGUAGGUAUUGUCCACACCACACAUAGUGAAAGUGAGGUAAUGGUAUAGGUCAGCGUAGAAUAAUUAAAGAUAGAAUGAUUGAUUUAUAAAGAGUGCAAGCGCGGUAGCAAUUGGAGAUUGGAGAAAGGAAAGAGAGAUGGCAGAGCUAUUUGUGAAUCAGGCAAAACAAUAUGCAGAUUCAAGACCAAGUUAUCCGCUACAGCUAUUCCAAUUCAUAGCUUCAAAAACUCCCUCUCACAACCUCGUUUGGGACGUCGCUACCGGAAGUGGCCAAGCCGCCAAAUCUUUAGCUACAUUGUACAAGAAUGUCAUUGCCACGGAUGUUAGUGAAAAGCAACUUGAAUUUGCAACAAAGCUCCCUAACGUGCGCUAUCAACACACUCCUUCAACCAUGUCCAAAAUCGAGCUUGAACAAUUGGUGACACCCGAAGGAACCAUAGACCUCGUGACUAUUGCCCAAGCCCUCCAUUGGUUUGAUCUCUCAACUUUCUAUGAACAAGUCAAAUGGGUUCUCAAAAAACCUCAUGGAAUCAUUGCUGCUUGGUGUUAUAAUCUUCCAAGAAUUAGUAAUGAAGUAGACAUUGUUCUUGAUCAACUCUAUUCUGUUAUUUCAAAACCUUAUUGGGAUUCAGCACGUAAAUUGGUUGAUGAAAAUUAUAGAAGCAUUGAUUUUCCAUUUGAGGCAGUGGAUGGAGUUGAUCACACAGGACCGUUUGAGUUUGUGACAGAGACAAAUAUGACUUUUGAUGGUUUAUUAACUUAUAUAAGAUCAUGGUCAGCUUAUCAGACAGCAAAAGAGAAAGGUGUGGAGCUUCUUGGAGAUGAUGUUGUUGAAAAAUUUAAGUUUGCUUGGGGUGAAGAUGUUCGUAAGACUGCUAAAUUUCCAAUUUAUCUAAGAAUUGGAAGAGUGGGGAAUGCUUGAAUAUGUGAAAUAGUACUUCAAUCUCCUGUAUUUUUACUACAAUAUUGGUUUAAAAAAAUUGAUAAUUUAAUGCAAAAUUUAGAUCAAAUUAAUCAAUUUUCAUAUAAUAAUGAUUGAGUUACAUCA